AUGUUCAAGAACUUUGCUAAUAAAGGAAAGAAAAAGAACAGAAACGCUGACCCUAUGACCAACGACUCCGCCAGCAUCAAUUCUGCUGCCAGCGGCUCAACUCCAUCACAGACUGUGAUAACUCCUACUGUUCUUCGACGAUCUGCCACCAUGGAGCCUAAUAAGUCUCGUGGCCUGGUAGUAUCAUACACUCCUCCUGAUCCUGUAGUAUCGACUACACCAGGGCCUUCCGAUAACACUGCUAUAAUCUCUCAAGUGUCUUCAUCUCAGAACGACAACAGCCAUAACGAAGUGAUAACAAAGGCUGUUAACAGAGUCAUCACCUCCACUACUACCAUUAGUAAAUCGACAGAGGUGGUAGAGAGCAAACCGUCCAAGAUGCAAACGAUGUUUACUAAGACUAGAUCCCGCUCUAAAGUGUCUCCUAAGCCUGAAGUUACUCAUAUUACUCUCGAUUACUAUCUUGAAUACAUUUCAAAUGAACGACUUCGUCGGAUGCCCGGCAGAGGCAGCGCCUGGGAUCGCGUUCUCCACGCUGCGCAAUUCUUUGGGCUCCACAUUUCGGACUUUGGAGACAAAAUCAAUACUUUCAUCAAUGGAGAAUUGCUUGAUGCUCUUUCCCAAGAAGCCAGAGUCGAUGAUAUAUCUGGCGGUCAAGAGGUUCUCUCCAAUGGACGCAAUGAUCAUGCUUCUAUCAACGGCGCCCUCGACUUGAUUACCAGUGCUCUUACGACUGCUCACUCUUUACUAGAGAUUGGAUACACACAAGCUGAGACUCUUUUGCCCACCUUUUCUGCUCUUUACGAGAUCUCUGUAUUGUAUACGGACAUUAUCCGAGCAUAUAAUCUCCAGCAGCCUUCGCAUGAGAUUCUGAAUGCCUUGGUUCAAACUUUCCACAGUGUAAUCGUCUUUCUUAACGGUAUGAGAACACUAUAUCAACAGAAGAUUAGCAAUGUCAACCCUGGGUCAUCAGAAUCUCUUAAUUUUGGUCCCAACUUCAAAUCGAAGGUUGAGCAGGUCUGGCGCUUCAAAGAGGCACUCUCCAAUGAGAUAUGGAAGCAAAAGCUCGAAGCCGCAGGUCUCCCUACAAAUGUCAACCUUCUUCAAUCGAAGCUUCAGCUUAAUAAGAGCCAUUAUGUUCCCAAUGGCGUAUUCGAAAAGAUUGGUCACUAUGCCAAUAUAUCGACUGAAGUCGGCUACUGGCUGAAGAAUAUUCUUUCUGAUGACAAUAGCGGCCAGAUCGUCUGCAUUACUGGCGAUGAAGCCUGUGGUAAGACAUUCCUCGCUGGAUGGAUAGAGGAAAGACUUGCACGGCCUAUCCAUGUUGAAUCUAAUCAUGUUCUUCGAUACGAUUUUCCAUACAAUCCGCCAAGUCUGCCAACUGCCGAUGUCUUUCUCAAAAACAUUUUAUACAAAAUCCUUGAGGAGAAUGUCGGCAAUAUCGAUGUGUAUAAGAGCAUCGCGCAUGCUUUCGAGCGACAAUCUGGCGACGCAGAUUCUGGGCCUACAGAGCUUUUACUAUGGGAAGCCUUACAGGCCUCACUCAAAGCUAUCCGCAUUCAGCAUGCGUCGAUAAUCAUGAUUUUAGAUAGUUGCGAGGGGAUUGCUGGUGGCGACGCCGAGUUCUAUAAAAAGCUCCGAACCUGCAUCCAUGAGCUCUCAAAUGUCCGUGUCGUGACAUUUUCUCGCUCAAUUCCUGAUAGUGUCAGGGAAUACGAGCAUGAGAUUCCUAACACCAAAGUUGAAAAAGACAUUGAAACUUAUUUUCUUGAGAUCUUAUCUCGGUCUGAUGUUUUCAACAGCUUGAGCUCUACAGAGCGCAAAGAGUUCUUCCAAAAUAUCAUGGCAAAGGCAAACAACAACUGGCUUUGGUCAUUUUAUGCUUCCAAAUUCUUGUCCAAAGAACAAUCAAAGGCCUCUCUUCUACAGUCAGGCCACGAUAUGGAAACGGACAUACUGCUCAAGGUUAUGAAGACUUUUGAGUUUGAUAAACGCCACUCUUUGAGAAACCACUCCUUGAAGACUCUUUUGACCGCAAUUCUGUCUGAGACCAAAGUUCAACAUGUCUUCCCUGGUUCUAUCACGUUGCUCCUUCUUGAAAGGACUUGUUGGAGCAGAGCAUAUACAAAAGAGCAACUCGUUCUCAAUCACAAACUCGCUCUCCAGAUUCGGCAAGCAUGCUUUGGUGAACAUGUUACGGUGGUUCAUACUUUGAUCAGCCUUGGCUACACCUAUCUCAAUGUUUUGGGUUCCCAUUCCGAUGCGGCGUGGUACUUCUACAAGGCAGCCAAACUUGGAGAAAAGAUCUUGACAGCAAAAUCUGCCAUUGUGCAUAGCUGCACGAGCCAUUUCUUAAAGUACAUGGCAACUUUGAAGAUAACUGGCAAGACUGAAAUCACCACCGUUCACACUCAAGAGAAAAUUGAUAUUGUCGAGUGCUAUGCAGAAAUGAUCCAGCUAGCUAUCAGAAUUGAUCAGCAUAAGCAUGGGUAUUCUAGUGACCAGGUGAUCUUUUGGUAUAAGACGCUCACAAAGCUUUACAUUGACAGCAAACAAGAAGAGCGUGUUAUUGAUGUCUAUAAAGAGCUGUAUACUGCCACGGCCACCAAAUACGGCAGCGAGUCAGAAGAGGCAAAGAGGGUUUAUAGGUACUUCGUUACCCUGGAUAUCGUUUUCAAUGACCCUUCGGUUGGCAGAGUUGGCGAACUCGAGCAACUCAUCUUUGGAAUUGGCAAAGAAUUUACAGAUUACCUUUGCAUAAAGAAUUGGCUCUGGUUGGCCAACACAUUUGAACAAUGCAAGCACCUUUUCGAGGCCGAGAGACUUUAUGUCAGCCUUUGGCAAAGCAUUACUGUCAUUUGUGACCGAGAAGCCGAUGUGGAUGCCAGUUCAAUCAAGAUUGACAUUGCACUUGAAUAUGUCAAGUUUCUUCGAAGACAGGGCCGUGACAAAGAUGCGAGUAGCAUUCUUAUCUGCCUUGCUGCAGAGUACAAAGAGGGUAAAGAGUGCCAUGAAUAUACAACCAACGGUGAAACCGAGGAAUCCGAAGCAGUGAUCAAGUACAUCACAAGGAUCAGAGAUGUCGCAGAAGAGUGCAGGGCUAUUGGUUUGACAACCAUUGCUGUUUCCAUUCUGAGGAAAGUUUGGAACUCAUUCAGCAGCAAAGGGUACAGCAAAGAAACCCAGAGAACUGCGACUCUUAUUACUGAAGUGAUUAAGGAGAUCACAGAGACAACCACGACAGUAGUAACGACAAAGACAACUACUGUGACUGAGUCAACAGAAAAAGCAGUGAAAGAGUUGUUUGAGCAUUUCGUGCAUCAGCACCAUCAUGAUGAGUCUGAUACUACCUUAUUCUCGGCAUCGAAGGCUCUGAUCAGCGUAUACACUCAACAACAAAAUUGGCGCGAGGCUGAGGAGACGCUUAAGAAGACUCUGAAUUCUACCUGGCGCGAAAUUCUCAUCGCAGGCUCUAAGAUCAAGCUCCCCCAGUACUCAAUAGGGGAAUGCUUGGACAUAGCACACCACUUGGCCGACUGUUACUCGACUCAGGGACUCUUUUCUAUGGCUGAGGAGAUUCACUCGCAAAUCUUUGCCGCUUGCAGCACCCUUGAGCUAGAAGACAAUCUCAGCACCAAAUCUACCACCCUUACAGGAGCUGAGCUGUAUGAAGCUGCCGCGAAUAGCUUGGUUGCAUUCUACGAGGGGCAUCACCGCCAUACAGAAGCUAUCAAUGUCCACAUCAAAGUGCUAGAGAAAUAUGAGAAAGAACUGGGCACAAAACAUGAAUCGACUAUCAAGACGCUCUACUUGUUGGCAGACCGCUAUAUGACUCUUGGUCAUGAAGAAGCGUACAUCUAUUAUGAAAAGAUUGUCAAUGUACUCAACGAGGGCCUGGACUACUGUCACCACCAGGCACUCAGGGCUGCUCUAGUUCUCAGCAAGCAUUACGAUGCCCGUAGCUUCUGGGACAAAUUACAUGCUAUAUGUAAUGUUCUAUGGGUAACUAUCACCCAACAUCACGAAGAACACGUGGUUGAGGGAGCAUACAAGAUUGAUGCAGAGGCAAUUGCAUCGGUCUAUGAUAGAUACUCGUAUGUGCUGGACCAUCAUGCCAAGGCUGAAUUCUCCGAGCGAUAUGACAUUGCAGUUAAAUACAGAGACAUGAUUACCAAGACAAGCGACGACGAGGCCUUGGUAGUCAAGACGCUUAUUGCUUUGGCCAAGAUAUGCGAAACGCACAAAGACUAUUACAAAGUUUCUGUCAGCGCCUACGAAGAUGUACUUAAGAGAACCACCACAAACACCGAAGUCACCACAGUCACGACCGUUGAAACCGUCAAGAAACUUUUAUCCAGGAUGUAUGUGACAAUGGUUGAAGAGUCUCAAACAACAGAGUUUGAAUCAGAGCGUGCUAUCGCGGUCACUCUUGAAACCUACCAUAAACAUAAGGACGAGUUCAAAACCAACCCCGAUCAAGCCCUGGUUUACUUGAAGAAUGUUAUACUCUUAUAUCAGAAGUUGAACGCUUCUGAGCGCAUUUACCAAUUUCUGGAGGAAGCCAUUAGACACAUCCUUGCCGUAGCCACGGUCAAUAUCGAGCUCUUCCAUGUAGCGCAUGAGUUUGCUACCCUCCUUGCUACAACAGGCCUGACACAGAAUGGCAGAGAACUUCUUCAUAAGAUGCGCAAGUCAAUCACUCAUGGACACAAGCAUUCUCAUAACGAUGCUCAAAUUGAUCAUGAGUCUCAGAUGAAGAAGGUUGUCUUUAUUUUCCUAAUCGUAUUCGCUCACGGUCUUGAACAGCCCCACGAGAAACUCUCUUACUCAAAAGUCAUGACUGAGAACGUUUUAGAGUUUCUGCUACUUGAGAAAUACUCGCAAAAGGUCAAAGAAGAAGCCAAAUCGGAGGUCAUUCUUGAGUAUGGUGCAAAACUGCGUCAUUUCUGGCAUUUUCACCAUCGCCAUGAAUUUGUUAAAGACCUUGAUGAGGAGCUCCUCAAACGCUUCAAAGCCACGUUCUCUCAAUACUUUGUGGCAAAUAUUCGUGAUGAGAUAAUAAAGUUCUUCUAUACCUAUCUGAUGGAAGAGCUAGGAGAAGAUCGACCUUCUCUCAACUUUGACUUUGAAACAUUCAUGUUACAAAUCGGCAAUGAGCUAGUCAAAGAUCUGUUGGGCAAAGAUGAGUUUGAUGAUGCGAAUCAAAUUAGCUUUUUCAUAUUCUCCUUUGCCAAAGAGAAGAAAUUGUAUUAUCACGCUAGCUACGUCCGCUAUGGAUGCAUGCUGGCUCAGUACUUGGUCGGAAUAGAUGCUUCGCAUCCUGACGAUGCCGUUCACAGCAAAGCUCUGCUGAAAACGUCAUUAGACAUCAUGACAAUUGUUAUUGAUGCUAUCAAUACCUUAGAUAUUGCUUUUGAGACACUCCCUUCUGAAGACUUGAUUGGCCUUGUCCAUCUCCUAUAUAGGCAAAGCAAUUACAAGCAGCUUGAGCGCGUACUUUCUCCUCUUUGGAACAUGCGAAGCGACCUGUCGACCGUGUCCGACUCAGAAUUGCCAACAAUCGCUGAGAUUGGCACUUGCUUGGUGCAUGCGCAGUGUGCUCAGAAUCGAUGGAGUGCAGCUAUUGAGACUGUUAGGGAACUGUAUUAUAAUCUCCAGCGUGGUCUCGGGAGACUUCACCCGGAGACUUUGGCAGUAUCACAACUGUUCUCAAAUGUCUUGGUCACCAACGCUUUGGGAGGAGAUACCAGCUAUGCUUCUUAUGCCAUGGACCUCCACGAAGCAGUAUUGACAGAGAUAUGCCGCCAUUCUGAAAUUGUAUACAAUGGCUAUACUCGUCGCGACAUCCAGCUCCUUUCCAAGACAGCAGAGCUUCAUUUGGAGCUACUGAAGAGGUUACACUCUCAAUUCCAGGAUUCUGAGUUGGAGCAUAUGAGCAAGCGAGAGAAAGUUUUCCAUGGCCUCUCUGCUAAACUGACUGCAGACUUCACAUUCGACGGAAUGACGGGAGAAUUACCAUGGCAGUACACUCUACCCACGGCAUGGAAGUUCGGGGAACUCGAAGAAGAAUGGAAUGGUGUCGAUACAUUGGAGACUUCCAAGAGAGAGUGGGUGCUGGCGUCACGCAUUUUCUACUGA